UUUCCUGCCCGUUUCUUCUUUCAGCGUUUGUUUUCGUUUUCACACCCGGCAGUUCGUCGAUCCGUUUGGUGUUCGUAAUCUGUGAUUGCUGGGUUUGGUGUGCUGAUGUUGCCGUGGUGCUUUCCAAUGUUUGAUUGAUGUGUGCGUAUAGCCUAAUACACCUUCUGGAGAGAAAAAAAAAAUCUAUUUUUGUAUACCUAACAUCCAUUUAUUCAAUUAAUUCUCCGAGAAAUCCUGACGUUGAAAGGAUGAAACAAGCUCUUUUUGGAUUCAGUCUCGAAAAUGUAAUGCAGUAUCUGUAGUGUCUAAAUGUUAUUUCAGCGUGAAACAUGGAAAAGAUCGCGUAAUAAAAGCCUGAAAAUUUCUCUGUUUUCUUAGAUUAUUUCGGUGUUUGUUUAUGGCGUUUACCAGUUUGGCUGUGCAUGCCCCAUAAGAGAAUCUGAUCAAAAGGUUGAAAAUGGAAGCAGAGACAUCAUGGGCCAACCAUCUUUCCAACUAUACGAAUGGAGAGAUCGUGGAAAAUGGCGAUUCUUAUUCUGAGCAGAGCGAUGAAGAAACCAAAGAAAAUGCCUCCUUCUCUAUGGACUUUCUCCUUCCCGAUGAUUUGUUGGAAAGGAUUUUCUCUUAUCUUCCGAUUGCAAGCAUUUUCAGGGCAGGUUCCGUGUGCAAACGGUGGAACGGGAUCGUCACUUCCAGAAGGUUCUUGUGGAGUUUCUCUAACGUUGUUUCCCAGAUACCUUGGUACUUCAUGUUCAUGAGUUCUGAUGAACCGUCAGGUUAUGCCUAUGACCCUGUUCUCAAAAAAUGGUACGGCAUUGAUCUUCCUUGCAUCGAGAGAUCCAACUGGUUUGUUGCUUCGUCUUCUGGGUUGGUCUGUUUCAUGGACAAUGACUGUAGAAACAAGAUUUAUGUCUGUAAUCCCAUCACCAAACAAUGGCGGAGGAUUCUUGAUCCACCGUGUCCAAAACUGACAGAUUACACUGCCCUCGGGAUGUCAGUGAACCGAGAGCUGCAGAGUUAUUCAGUCUCGGUCGUGAGAUCCAAGCAAGUCCCCGGGAAUUUCUUCCAAUGGGAUCUGUCCAUUCACAUCUAUAACUCGGAAACAACGACAUGGGGAACAUAUGUAACAGAUGUCCUGUCGGGAUGGAGGGGAGGGGACGAGAGCAUCAUCUGCGAUGGAAUAUUAUACUUCUUGAUCUACUCAACAUUGGGCGGCACGUCUGAUCACCGUCAUGGCCUGAUCACUUUCAACCUAUCGAACCGAUCUUCCCGUGGAAUCUUGAUGAGGACCUUCAUUCCGAUGCCAUGCCCUCUGACCUGUGGACGGCUGAUGAACCUUAGGGAGAGGCUUGUAAUGGUCGGAGGAAUCGGGAAAGCAGACAGACCGGAUGUAAUUAAGGGGAUCAGGAUCUGGGUUUUGAAGGAGAGACAAUGGGAAGAGAUUGCUAAAAUGCCGCAGAGAUUCUUCCAAGGGUUCGGAGAGUUUGACGACGUUUUCGCGAGCGGUGGAACGGACGAUCUUGUAUACAUACAGAGCUAUGGAGCGCCAGCGCUUCUGACCUUCGACUUGAACCAGAGGCAAUGGAGAUGGUCUCAGAAAUGUCCUGUCUCGAAGAGGUUCCCUCUUCAACUCUUCACCGGUUUUUGCUUCGACCCCAGACUCGAUAUCGUUCCGUAGUUUUUUUUUUCCCUCAUUCUUAUGAGCUCUUGGACAGAAAAUGUUACAAAAAGGUCUUCAGAAAAUCUCUCCGGCUUUAGUUUCUUUCUUCGAACGCACGUUUGAGUUUUUGUCUUGUCGGAAAGCUCGAAAAUAUUUUUAUUUGCAUUUUGGUACUUAAAGGUUUAAUAUGUUUUCAAUCGACCCCCGGAAGUUUAUAUUUA